AAUCACUUUACAGGUGGCAAAAAAUAAUGUUGGAGAUUUUACUGAAUUUAGAAUUCUGAGGUAGCUGAAGCGGGUCCAUGGUGGACUGAUCUCAUGGUGGAUUUGUAGGAUUUCGCCGCGAUUUCUAGGCAGAUGUAAGCGAUGAAAUUUGGCUUUAUUGUGAUCUUCGGGCUAUUGUGCCUCUCUCAGGCCACGCCGAUCUCAAGGAGGAGAGAGAAACGAAAUAUUGUUGAGGCGGACAAGGAAGUUAGGACAAUAAUUUCUGCAAUUGUAGACGCCAUUUUGGAUGGGGAUAAAACGAAGCGAUCAGAGAUUCCAGGUGACGAUGAAGUCGAGCCUUCAAAGCAAAUAGAAGACAAACCAGGCGUAAGCAGUAAUGACGCUGAUAAGGAAAGUGAGAGUACUAUCGUCCCGCCUGUCGCUACGGAUGAUGAUGAGAGUCCCUCGUCCACAGAUCCUCACGUGAGGAUAACAAAUAGCGACGAAGAUAAGGACGACGAGCCCGGCGUGGAAAACAAGAAACCUAAGCCAUUUGUAAAGGUAGAGAAAACAAAUGGGAGCGCUUCCGAUGAAGACGAGGAGAGUAAUAACGAUUCCGUGUCAAAGAAGAAAUCUGAGGAUAGUACACCUGAUGUGCUAGAGUCCACGGACGAUGAAGGGGAUAAAAAAGGAGGUAAAUUCAGAGGAUCUCUUGCUCCGGAUACCCUUGAAGAGUAUGUAGCAGCGACCGAGCCUUCGCAGUCCGCGGUGGCGGAAGAAAACAAGGACACCCAAAAUGAUGUUCCAAUCGAAGAAGUUCCUACUAUAGUAGAACCCGAACCAGUCGAAAGCGAAGCGAAGGACGAGGAUAAAGAGAAGGCCCCCGAGGCCACGGAGGGCACAGGUCAGGCGGUGAGCGCGUCUGAUGAGAAGACCGCGCCCACAGAUGGAUCAGAGCAGAAGGCAGCAACAGAUAAUGAUAAACAAAAGGCCCCUGAAUCACCAGAGGGUACAGGGACAGCGGUAGGCGCUGAUGAUGAUAAACUAAAGGCUUCCAAAGGUCCAGAUACCACUGCGAUGCCCGUGAGCACGGAGGACUUCAAUCCCCCAAAGUCGGAGGACGGAAUGGGGAUGGCAGUUAAGACUCCUGUCCAGCCUAUAGCACAGAUGUCUGGCAGCAUGCCAGGAAGAACGUCUGCAGUGGAGUCUAUGCAACAGAAUUUCUUCGCUGUGCCAGCCCUACUGCCCCAGGUGAAAUCAAAAACACCAAGACGUAAAGAAGCCGAGUCCAGCCAGGUGAAAUCAAAAACACCAAGACGUGAAGACGCCGAGUCCAGCGCAUCCAGGGAUAUAGACAGGAGGAAUGUCAUCCCCACCGAAGUGUUCGAGGACGAGGGAUCAGCAUCAUCUGGUAAAGAAGAUGACAUGGACGGUUCCGGGUCCGCUUCCGAAUCAGGAGAUUCCGAUGAUUCCGGAAACUCGGGAGAAUCAGGAGAGGGCGAGCCAGACGAAGGGAAUGGUGAGGACCAGACAGCAAGCAAUACAAGUUUGGAUGAUGAAAAAAGUAAUACGAUCAUUCGUGAGCAAUCAGGGGGUAGUGACGAGUCUGGCGAGAGAAGCGCUUCUAGGGAAAGUGGGAAAUUGAAAGCGGAGUCUGACAUUGAUGGAUCGGGGGAAUCUGGGGAAAGCGGAGAAUCUGGGAAAAGCGGGGAGUCAGGCGAAAGUGGAGAAUCGGGCGAGAGUGGAGAAUCGGGAGAGAGUGGAGAAUCGGGAGAGAGUGGAGAAUCGGGAGAAAGCGGAGAAUCAGGCGAAAGCGGAGAAUCGGGCGAAAGCGGAGAAUCAGGCGAAAGCGGAGAAUCGGGCGACAGCGGAGAGUCUCAAGAUAAUGCUGACAGUAGUAUCCAAAAGAGGAAUGGCAUUCCACAAGAAAAAGUGUCUAAAAAGGCCGAGAUAGGGCAAAAGAAGCAACUGUCACAGAAAUCUGAUGAAUCGGGAGAAUCAGGCGAAAGCGGAGAAUCGGGCGAAAGCGGAGAGUCGGAUGAAACCGGAGAAUCAGGCGAAAGCGGCAAAUCGGGGGAGAGUUCCAUUUCAAAGAGAUCCAAAAUUCCACGUGAGAAUAAGCCCGUACAACAGACGGAAAUUAAAAAGAGUACACAACCAGCACCAGCAAGCAAGGAGCCCAAGAGGGAAGGCGCUUCUGGUGAAUCAGGAAGUGGGUCUGGUUCGUCGGUCUCGAGCUCUAUCACCAAGAGAAGUUUGGGUCCUCUUGACAAGACAGAUUCUGGGAAGGUUGCGAUGUUUGCCCAACCCGCUAAAGAAACGGCAAACGAGAAAGCAGGAAUGGCGAAGAAUUCAAAAGCAUCAAAAGAGGAUUCAAAUGAGUCCGGGGAGAGUGGUGAAUCGGGCGAGAGUGGGGAGUCAGGCGAAAGCGGAGAAUCGGGAGAGAGUGGAGAAUCAGGAGAGAGUGGAGAAUCAGGAGAGAGUGGAGAGUCCGGGGAAAGUGGCGACAGUGCAGCUGGAGAGGAGUCGCAAGAUAACGGUUAUGCAAGUGUAGGCUCCAUCACCAAGCGAAGCUGGAUACCUUCAGAGGAACAAAACCAGCUUAUAGAUGAUGACAUAACAGAUUCUGCCCUGGGUCUUGAUGACGAUGAAGACGAAGAUUCUGGAAGUUCGAGCGAGUCAGGUGGCAAGGGUAUCAAACAAAAUACACUUCCGAGCAAACAGCAGGUAAAGACACAGGAAAAGAAGAAAGUACAACCACAACUAGUGGAACAAGGGUACGAAGAGUCGUCUGGAGCAGCGACGCAGAUGGAGGAACCAGAAUCAAAAGAUAGCACGCAAGAGAAGACACAAGAGAAGGACCAGAGUCAGCAGGCGCCAGAACAAGCCCAGGAAACGCAAGAAAGCCAGGAAGAAUCUGUUAAACCGACACAACAAGAACUAGCAGUACAGCAAGCAACUCCACUAAAUCAGCAACAAAUUCAAGAAUCGUCAACACAAGUCCUGCAAACGCAACAAAGCCAGGAACAGCCUGUAAAACAGGCUCAACAAAAAACAGACGUUCAACAAGCCACACUACAAGAACCACAAAGACAAGAAGAAUCAUUAACAAAACAAGUCCAGGAAACGCAACAAAGCCAGGGACAGCCUGUGAAACAGAGUGAGGAGACAGCACCGAAACAAACCGAUGAAGAGCAACAAAGCCUAGAAAAUCCACCACAGAAGAACACAAAGGCCAUACACGUCCAGGAAACACAACAAACGCAGACAUUGCAGGAAACUCCUAAGCAGCCACGAAAACAGAAAGACCAUAAGCAGACCAAACAACAACAGGCAGGGAAAGAGCAGAGUCUGCUUUUCAGCGACGCAUUAGGAGACAUAGGAAGUAUUGCACAGCUGGGAGCAGUACAAAGGAAGUCCGAUAUCAUGCAAAGUCUUCCCAAGAGUCAAGAUGACAUUUUGUUAGAAGAGAAUCCAACAGUGGCUACCAAAGACCGCACACCUCAGCCUGAGGAACCGAAAGGUGGAGAGCUGAAGAACCUGUUCAAUGCUUUUUCAAGCGAGGAAGUCGAGCAAGCGUAUGGUCAGGAGCCGAUCAAGGCGGAGAAGAGAACGCAACAAGUUAAGACCCCGGAGCAACAGCACUUGAAGAUGGGGGAAAUGCUAGACAAAGCUUGGUCUCAAGAUGAUGGUAAAGAUUCGGAGCUUUCGUCAAUUGUACAGGAACAGCAACAAGAAAAAGCACGGCUUGCAAAGUCUCUUGAGGAUUCACUUCCUGUUGACCAAGCAAACAAGGAGGCUGCUGUAAAAAAAGAUAUCCAAGAUCUUGAAGGGUACGCGACCGCAUUAACUGAGGUCGGCGGUCUUACCCCUGAGCACCACAGCGCCAUAGCAACCAAGCUUGCCCUCGAUCUAAUGGACGAUCUCAAAGUCCCGGAUUCUAGAAAGGCAGAAGUCCUAAAGGAAGAGACGGCAUUUAUCAAAGACGCAGAGAUGGCUUACGUCAGAAAUAAAAUCGCUCAAGUAAAAGCGGAAAUGAUGCAAUUUGCCGAGGACAAUCCCGGUGAUAAAGAAAAAAUACGAUGUGAAACGUUAAAACGACUGGAAGACAUAAUUGAGAGACUACCCUUGAGCAAAUCGACAAUCGAGAAGGAGGACAAAAAAUUGAAGCAAUCGUCUCUACUACAGCAGAUCACCCAGACGGCUGCCCGGAGAGCAGAGAUGAAACAGCGAGUGCGACGCGCAAUUGCUGAGAUUAUAGCUGACGAAGUCAUGUGAUAUGCGUGACGUAGAAACGGUUACAUGCACAUGCUUAUACGCCCCUACCGCUGACAGGCGUCAGUGAACAAUGAAAACAUGGGCGUAUUUUUCCAUCACAAUGACGUCCACAUUGUACACAACAGCAAUAAACCGAUCGCGUUAAAGAAAAAGACGAAAGACUUCUCUGGUUGGGCAAUUGGGCGACGCCAAAAUGUCUUAUUAGGUAACACUUUACUCGGAGACUUGAAACAUUGGAAAUUUUUUAUACUUUACUGAAAGCCGAAAAGGAUUUAAUAAUGACAGGAAAUAUACAAUUGCUUUUGUGUGAAAUAUCUAAAAAAUAAAAACAAUUUACGACAAGUAUUGUAUAGGCGAAACCUGUUUCUUUUAAAACAGCUUUCAAAGAGAGGGGAUAAUUUAGCCCAACAAUCAAAUGACAAAUUAUUUUUAGAAAUAUAUAAAAAGACAUCUUUCGCGCAUUGAGUUCGAAAAAGCUACCAGCUUAUUGUAUAUUUUCUAUGCUUGCAUGUUUAUUAUUGUAAUUAUUAUAUAUGAAAAUCAAAUUGAUUUGAAAGAUAAAAAAAGCUAGAGCUUGACUGCACAUAAUAAACUGCAUUAUAUUAAGGGGCGUCAAUAUUGACAGACCGCUACAUGUGGUCAUACGGGACUAGAAACAUCCGGGUAUUAAUGUUGCUAAAGCGACUAGAGCCAAAUAGGCUGCAAUCAUGUAUCAUGAAAAUAUAUAAAAUGGGAAUUAAAGUAUUCAAAACAAA